AUGAUUGAAGCACCUGCUAAUAUUCAACUUCAUGGAAAUGAAUAUAAAGAAGAAUGUAUAUAUUCCUCAAUUGAUAAUUUUAAUGGUCCUUUUGAUUAUUUAAAUUAUUAUUUUUUGUGUGAAAUUGUUUUUGAUGAUUUUAGUUUUAAAUCACCAUAUCACUGUUAUUUUUUUUUAAGAAAUCAAUUUGAAAAUUUUAAAAAUGUACAAAAUAACUAUAUACAAAAUUCGAACUCAGAUAAACCUCAUGGGGACCAUAUAAAAAUUAUAAAUCAAAAAAAUGCAACAGAACUUUUUCAAAAUGAACAAAUAAUAUAUUACGACGAAAUUGAUACUUCAGAUGUAAAAAGAAAGGCUCUCGAAAAUAUAAAUAAUAUCAUUAAUAGAUUAACCAUAUCUGAUUUAAUGGAAAUUUCUUUAUAUUUUAGUGAGAAUCCGGAAUGGGAAAAUAACAAGUUGGCAUGGAUGGAAAUGAUUCAGAGAGAUAAAUUUCGCAAGUAUGAUAAGAUGAGAGAAAAUUUGAAAGAAACUGGAAUGAGAGAAAUAAUAUUUAAGAUGAAUAAUGACGAAAUAGAUAGGAUGAAGAAUAAGAGUAUGGUUAAAGAUUUUUUGUUUUUUGGUGUUAUAGAUAAGAAAGGUCAGAAUUAUUUAGGUAGAAUAUAUAUGAUAAUUAGGAAUGAUAUAAUAAAAAAUUAUGAGAUUUAUACUUGGCUUUUAACAAAUUGUAAUAUGCAAACAGAUGAGAAUUUGGCUGCUGAUAUAUUUAUUGAAGAAACAUAUUAUGAAAAGAAACCAAUAAAUAAUAAAGGAGGAGAAGAUAAAAAGAAAAAAGAUAAUUCAAAUAAAGGAGGUUUGAAUCAUAAGAAUGAAGAUCAUCUAAUAUUUGAGAAAAAAAUGAAUAAUUAUACAUUUGAAAGAAAAGAAUAUAUAUGUUUUGGAAAAAAUGAAACAAAUGAUAUUGUAUGUAUGAAUCCAUCUAUUUCUAGAUUCCAUUGUGUAUUAUAUAUGUGCGAAGAUUUCCAAGUAUAUUUAAUAGAUGUUGGUUCAAAAGCUGGAACAAAAUUAAAUAAUUGUAUAUGUGAAAUUCAUAAAAAAUAUAAAGUAUCUAAUAAUGAUGUUAUUAGCUUAGGUGUAUCAAAAACAACAUUCAAAAUUAAUAUUAAUGUUGAGAAAGUAUUAGAAUAUUUAGAUAAAAGAGAAUGCGAAAUUAAUAAAAAGAUGGAAUUAAUGAAUGAAGAAAUUAAUUAUCCUAUAGGGAAUAAAGUUUUCUUUAGAUUAAAAAUUUCAAAUAUUUAUUAUAAAUGUAAUGAAUAUGAUAUAUUAGAUGAUGAAAAGUAUAAGGAUGAAAAGUAUAAGGAUGAAAAGUAUAAAGAUGAUAAAUAUAAAGAUGAAAAAUAUAAAGAUGAUAAAUAUAAAGAUGAAAAAUAUAGAGAUAAAAAAUAUAGGGAGGAUAAAUACAAAGAUGAUAAAUAUAAGGAUAAUAAAUAUAAAGAUGAUAAAUAUAAGGUUGAAAAGUAUAGAUUGAAAAAAUAUAAAGAUAGAAAACAUAGAGAACUAAGAAGUUCCAGAAGGAAAAGUAGCAGUAGCAAAUUAUAUAAAAGAGGAAGUGAUAUUAGUAGUACAUUUAGUAGUGAUGCGGAAAGAAGUGAUAAUCGAGAUGACCGAAGAAAUCAAAAAAGACAUACAAGAAGAAGUGAUAAUAUGAAAAGUUCAGAAAAUAGACGCUCAAGAAGAGGAGAAAGAUAUAGUAACAGAAGAAGUAGCACUCAUAGAAAAAGUACAGAUGAAGAAUAUGAUGAAGAAGUAGAAAGUUCUUACAGAACUGAUGAUCUUACUAGUGAAAGUGAUGAAAGUAGAAUAGAGAAAAGACGAGAGCAUAGAAGUGAAAGCAAGUUUGGAAGAAGAAGCAUACGAAAAAGCGAAAGAAGUAGCGAAAAAAGUAGUAGAAGAGGUUAUGAUAAUAAAAGUAGCGAUAAGAGCAAUGAAAAAAAUAGUGAUAGGAGUAAUGAGAGUAGAUAUGAGAGAAUAGAAAGUAAACGUAGUAGAAGAAGUAUCAGAAAAAGUGAAAAAAGUAGCGAAAAAAAUAGUGAAAAAAGUAGUAAAAAAAGUAGUGAUAAAAAAAGUGAAAGAAGAAGUGGAAGAAAAAGUGAAAGCAAAUCUGAAAAUAGAAGAGAAAGUACUAGACGUGAAAGUAGACGUUCCAGAAGAUAUUCAAGAAAAUCUGAUACUGAAUCAGAUGAUGAUAAACAUAGUGAAUAUUCCAAUUUAAGAGAUAUUGAAAAAUAUAAAAAAUAUAAAAGAAAAAAACAUCCUACUUCAUGUUCUGUUAGCAAUUCUUAUUCUGAGAGUAAUAGAUCAUAUGAAACUGAUCUAAAGAAGGAAAGAAAAGCAAAAAAGUAUAUUGGUUCGAAAAGGAAUAGUUACAAAAAAAAAUAA